AUGCCCAAGACAACAGCGGCGACGUCGAAGAGGCGCCACAACCCUCUCGAGGCCGACCUGGUUUCGACCGGCGUCCUUAAGAACAACUCCGGCAAAAAGAGCAAGAACACUCGCGCCGACAACGACGAAGAUGAGCAGAAGUAUGUCGACGCCAAGGCUUCGCGCAACAUUUUGGCUAUGAGCCGUAGCCUCAUCGAGGAGGAGGAGAACCUCCGGACAACACAAAACGCAGCCUCCGGAUCUGCUCCUUCGGCGUUCGAGUUCGAUCCAUCGAGAUUCGACCGCAACGAUGACGAAGACGACAAGUUUGAGAACGACGAGGCCUGGGGCGAGGAAGAGGAGGAGGAGGUAGAGGAAAUCGAAGUCGACGCCACCGAUCUUGAGACAUUCAACCAGUUUAUCACACCCACAAUGAACGAGGACCCGCUCCUAACACACGGAUGGGAUGGAAAGCCAGAAGGGGCAGAAGAGCAGGGACAGAGCGUGAACCUGGCGGACCUUAUUCUUGCCAAGAUCGCAGAGAAGGAAGCCGGCGGUCCCCAAGGCGGGUACCGCGACGAGCCUGGCCCAAUUGAUGAGGAUUACGAGAUCCCCCCCAAGGUGAUGGAAGUGUUUGAGAAAAUUGGCAUGAUUCUGUCUCGCUACAAAUCUGGGCCGCUUCCCAAGCCAUUCAAAGUCCUUCCUCAGAUCCCCCACUGGGAGGACAUCUUGCCCAUUACACAACCCGAGUCCUGGACUCCCAAUGCCUGCUACGCGGCCACUAGGAUAUUUGCGUCCGCCAAGGAGGCUGUUCUUCAACGGUUUAUGGAGAUGGUGAUCUUGGAACGCGUCCGCGAGGACAUUCACGAGACCAAGAAGCUCAAUGUCCAUCUUUUCAACUCCCUCAAAAAGGCCCUCUACAAGCCUGGUGGUUUCUUCAAAGGCUUCUUGUUUCCUUUGGCGGCUUCCGGAACGUGCUCGCUGCGUGAGGCGCAGAUCGUAGCCGGUGUUUUGACCCGGGUCACUAUUCCGGCCGUUCAUUCCGGUAUGGCCAUUAAGGGCCUGUGCGAAAUUUCUUCUGCGCAGGCUUCUCAGCGCCUCGACUGCGUUAGCGCUACAAAUUUCCUCCUCAAGACUCUGAUUGAGAAACGUCACGCCUUGCCCUUCCAAGCGCUCGAUGCCCUCGUGUUCCACUUUCUUCGGUAUCCCGCUUUCGCCACCGGCGGGCAUAUGGCACCGAACGCUUUACCAGUCAUCUUCCAUCAGUGCAUGCUCUCAUUUGCACAGAGAUACAAGACGAACAUUACUGAGGACCAGCGAGAGGCUCUUCUGGAUCUUCUCCUAACUCACGGCCAUGACAAGAUUUCGCCCGAGAUCAGGCGAGAACUUCUCGCAGGUCGCGGAGGUGGUGUCCCUGUCGUGCAACCCGGAUUUGAUGGCGAUGACACGAUGCUGGACGCUUGAACAAACAUCGGUGAUCCAGUAAUGACUUAUAGACGAUGAACCCUUGGUAUGCAACGAGGACAUGUGGCUCAUUUUUACCUGGUACGCGCAUAGAGAUGGGAGUUGUGUUGUUCAGUGACCUUGGUGGCUUGGGACAGUCC